AUGUACAUCCUCACAAUUUUGAUUCUCCUUCUUGCUUCAACAGCAGCAGAAGCUCAAAUAAGAUCCUCCAACAUCACCUUAGGCUCUUCCCUCACUCUCUCCUCCAACUCCUCUUGGCCUUCCCCCUCCGGCGUCUUCGCCUUCGGAUUCUUCCCCCAACACGUCAACAACUACGCCGUCGGCAUCUUCCUACCCGACAAAACCGUCGUCUGGACAGCAAAUAGGGACAGCGAUCCGACCGUCCCCAACGACGUCGUCUCCCUUAUGCUAUCCCCUGAGGGCCGGCUGGUCCUCCGCCGGAGGCAAGGCCAAGACAUAGACGUCAUCAACCCCUCCUUAACCAUCGCGUCAGCGUCAAUGCUAGACAACGGCAACUUUGUUCUCUACGAUUCAUAUUCAAGAAUAAUCUGGCAGAGCUUCGACCAUCCGACAAACACCCUCCUCCCCGGCCAGCGCCUCUCGCCCGGGGAAGAGAUCUUCUCCAGCGCCUCAGAGACCGACUACGGGAGAGGGAUUUUCAGGCUGAAGAUGCAGGACGAUGGAAACCUUGUGCAGUAUACUGUCAACACACCGAUCACAGCGCCUUACGCUUACUAUGAAUCAGACACAUACGGAGCAGGUGGUAUUGUCUCUCUCAACCUCGACAGCGACGGCCGCCUUUAUCUGCUCAACGGUAGCUUGCCUCUGAAGAAUAUAUCCAAUGGUGGAUUCCCUACCCAGGGAUACAUCAAUCUCAUGAGGCUCGACAUCGGAGGAAUCUUCCGUAUCUACUCUCUCUCUCUCGGUAAUCUCACCACCAUCAGGAGAUGGUCCUCCACGGACGACGAGUGUGCUCCCCUUGGUUUAUGCGGACUCAAUGCCUUCUGCAUUCUCAUGGAUACUGCGCCGGUAUGUCAGUGUAUUCCCGGUUUCGUCUCUGUCCAGGCCGGCAACAGCCCAGCCGGCUGUUCUAGAUCCUUCUCGGCGCAGGGCUGUCCCACAAUUAAUGAUAGAUUGAAGUACGAAAUGAGAAGAGUUGAUAACACCGACUGGGAGGAUAGCUCAUAUGAGAUUUUGGAUAAGAUGUUAAGCGAAGAAGAGUGCAGCAAAGCAUGCCUCGAUGACGGCCACUGUGAAGCAGCAUUCUUCAAAGAUAACCAAUGCCGAAAGCAGAGGCUUCCGUUAAGAUUUGGGAGAAGGUCUCUGGGAAACUCAAACAUCGCUCUUAUUCGCUUCAGUACAAACACAGAGGUACCCGACACUGGAGGCGAUUCCGACUGUAAAAGUAUCAUAAAGAAAGAGCGGCGCAUAGACCUCCUAAUCAUCGGCAUUGUGCUUAUGUCAAUAGGCACCUUGGCCUUGUUAAUUUCUGUGAUCUUCGUUCAAAAGAAUAGGAAGAACUACAACAAGAUCAGUAACGAAGAUGGAGCUAACUUUGUGGUUGGCAUUUCUCUGAAAGUGUUCACAUUCGAGCAUUUGUUCGAAGCGACAAACGGCUUCAAGGAAGAGUUGGGGAGAGGUGCAUCUGGCACGGUUUUCAAAGGGAUUUUGCAGAAUGGCCAGAAAAUGGUGGCGGUGAAGAGGUUGGAGAAGGAAUUCACACAAGGAGAGAUAGAGUUCCAGACAGAGCUGAAGACAAUUGGGAAGAUGUAUCACCGGAACCUAGUCCGACUCCUAGGUUACUGCUUCAACGGACACAACAAAUUGUUGGUGUUUGAGUACAUGAGCAACGGAUCCCUCGCUGACAUACUUUUCACUCAAGAGAAACGGCCGAACUGGGAGGAACGGAUGGAGAUCGCUCGUGAUGUAUCGAGAGGGAUACUGUAUCUGCACCAAGAGUGUGAGACGCAGAUCAUUCAUUGCGAUAUAAAGCCUCAAAACAUACUCAUGGACGAUAACUGGCGUGCAAAGAUAUCAGAUUUUGGGUUGGCAAAGCUACUGAAACAAGAUCAGACUAAUACAAUUACUGGGAUAAGAGGCACUAAGGGCUAUGUUGCACCAGAGUGGUUCCAAAAGCAGGCGAUCACGGUGAAAGCAGAUGUGUAUAGCUUCGGGGUGAUGCUGCUGGAGAUCAUAUGUUGUAGGAAGUGUGUUGAUUACAGCAAGAGUGAAAAUGAGGCGAUUCUUGAGGAAUGGGUUUACGACUGUUAUGCAACGGGGAAGAUUGCGAGUCUCGUGGGGGAUGAAACGGUGGAUGAGAGUGAAGUGAAGAGGAUGGUAAAGAUAGGGAUAUGGUGUGUGCAGUUUGAGCCGUCGCUUCGUCCAACAAUGAAGAACGUUCUGCUAAUGUUGGAGGGUAUUGUCGACAUUCCUGAACCUCCCAUUCUUGGUUCUUUUUCUUAAGCCAUCUAGCUCUCUCCAUUAAUGAAUUAAUUAUCUUGUAGGAUUUGAUUCAGCUUUAGUGUGUUGUAAGCGGAAUGUAUAUUAGUAAUAGAUUGUUUGAAUCUGUUGUGAGUGCAAUGAGGAUGUCUCUUAAAAUUGAAAAAAUAAAUUUAAUUGUUUAGUUUAGCAGUUUUUUCUAGCUUAUAUAU